AUGACGGUUGGCGACUAUCAGCAAGUCUUCUCCGACCAGCCCGUGAUGCAGACCGGCUCGGUGCAACGAUCACCUACCUUCAGCGACCAGUCCAUGUUCCCUUCUCUGGACAACAUUCCUCAAGCGGCCUCUGCUUCUUCAAGGUCGAUGGCGACCCCUCGCUCGGGGUCUUCUGUCGGUGACUCUCCUGAGCGAUCGAACAAGGUCCACAAACGACAACGCAACACCGAGGCUGCAAGGAGAUAUCGGCAACGAAAAGUCGAUAAGCUCACGGAGGUGGAGGAAGCGUUGCGAUCCAUGACCCAGGAGCGAGACGAGCUGAGACUGAAGCUUGCUCGUGCGGAAGCUGAGGCGGAGGUGCUGCGUGGAAUGGUUGGGAAGAUAUAG